AUGAUUGACAAGAAUUAUGCUCAUGAAAUGAUUAUUCAUACCGAAAACUUUGUGGAUCCAACGACUGGAGCCCACACACGAACCAUCGAAUCUCCCUGGCACCAGACAAACCGGCGACCAUCACUACGAAGUGAGCUACCAAUGAAAAAAAGGCCCUCAUUCCGGACUGGACAUCCAUCUUCUCCUGAAUGCAUCUCCUUGAACUUUCCUGGAGAUUCAUUCACUCAAAUCAUUCCUUGCUCAAAUCCAAGCAGAUGUUACAAAGAAAUGCAAUUACAUUACCUGUUUUAUGGGACACGUCGCCACACACGUAUUUCAACCCCAACCUGGAGGACCAGGAGACCUCUAACCAUUGAUCAACCUGGUAUGGAUGACUCUCUCUCGAAAGAUAUGACUCAUUCUCUCUUUGUUUCUACAUAUGACGAUCAUAAAGACAGUCUCAAUUUAGGUCUAAAGAUCAUAGUACGCAGAAGUACAAGAUACGAGAAGGAAUUUCUGGAAGCAUGGUACUCCGCAACGGAUUCAGUUCACCCGAAUUUCGAAAUCGACCGUCUACGCAUCAAUGCGCAUCGCCAGCUCAGUGGUAACACUAAAUCAGCUCAUUUUGCGCAAAAAUAUUAUCUGUUCGGACGUAAAACCUUAAAUAAACUUCUCGACGCUUUCAACUAUCGUUCAUGGCAACGAGACGGCAAUAUGUUAUUCGUAAAGCCACGGAGUGAUCCAUCAGUAACGUUAAUGCAACAAGUGCCACCAAAUGACACUCGACUGUUUUUGACAUGUGGAGGUGUAAUGCCCGGUAGUGUCGGCAAAUAUCGUUCUUCGAAAGGGAACAUGGCUGGACCGUCCCAGGAUAACUUUCUUCGCGAAGUUUGUGCCUGGCGGCUUUUACAGACUCCAACAGUUAUCGGCGGCCCAGGUCUAUACGUCGAGAUCGAUGAAACGCUAGUAUCUCGCCGUGAAAACCACGCGGGACGAGUCCUUCCCCAGCAGUGGAUUUUCGGAGAGAUCUGUCGGGAAACUAAAGAGGUUUCCGUGUAUGCAGUGCCAGAUCGAACUGCGGCCACUUUGAUGGACACAAUCCAGGCCUGCAUCAUGAAACGGUUAAUCAUACCGAAAACUUUAUGGGCCCAACGACUGGAGCCCACACACAAACCAUCGAAUCUCCCUGGCACGUGUACAGGAUUUAGAAUAAACGCCAAUGCGGUACACACUGAUGUUCAGUGGACAGCUACUUGUGUGUUCAUGUAUGCACUGCCAUAUCGAACUGCGGUCACUUUGAUGGGCACAGUCCAGGCCUGCAUCGCUCCUGGCUCAAUCAUCAUCUCCGAUGUGCGGGCAUCGUACCAAGAAAUUGAAACGAUGAUUGACAGGAAUUAUACUCAUGAAACGGUUAAUCAUACCGAAAACUUUGUGAGCCCAACGACUGGAGCCCACACACAAACCAUCAAAUCUCCCUGGCACGUGUACAGGAUUUAG